AAGUGUUGAUAUCGGAGCAGAUCAGAGUAUUGAGUAGGUUGAUACUGAUCGUCGAGGAAUAGUCGAACCCGACUGACUGAUUAUUCAAAGAACAAGUUUACUUUCUCUCAAGUGUGCUUGAAGAUCUUUUUUCAAAGAUGAACUUUUUGUCCCGUUCAAAAUUUUUCGGUGAGAAGAGUGGAUCGAUGAUUCGGAGUUUGGCGAACACGUACAGAGUAUUGGAACAAACACAACAAAGGACAGAGCACACACGAACAACACAUGAUACAGAUGAGCCAAUCAUAAUGAGUAAUCCAUUUAAAAAAGAAAAAAAAGUUUGUAUACUGUGUAAAUACAACAUAGAACCAGAUUACAAAAAUGUCAGACUGCUGUCACAAUUUCAAAGUAGAUACACAGGUAGAAUUUAUGGAAAACACAUUACAGGCUUGUGUAAGAAAAAGCAACAGCUAAUCGAGAGAGAAAUUGAGAAAGCUCAGAAUGCAGGUAUGAUGCCGUACUAUUACAAGGAGAUCUCCUACAUACACGACCCAAAACUCUUUGACAUAGACAAUCCAUUCAGGCCUCACAAGUACUAAACGCUAUUGUUGAUGAUUGCCUCAUUGUUUUUCAUGUAUAUAAUGUAUCUCCUUAUUACAAAUAAAUUUCUCUAAUCGUAUUGUAUAAA